CUCUUGAGCUCUUCAUUGCAUUGAUUCUUCGAUCGAAUCCUCAAGAACACUGGAGUGACUAGUUUGAUCUCUCGAAGGCCGCUGGAAAAACUUAAAGAGUGAAUCUCGAGUGAUGGGUUGUCUAGAAAUCCAGGUUUUGUAGAUACCCUCCACAUUUUUCCGCUGUUUUUUAUACUCUCUUUUUUUCUCUUUUCCAGAGUGUGCAUUGUCCUCUUGCUCCAGAGCUCAGUGAGUGAGUGACUGUGUGAGUGGCUUGCCUUUUUCUUGUUCUUGAGUCGGCCCUGUUUUCUCGCUGGUUUAGUCCACUCCACCACUCCAGAGUUACUCCUUCCGGUGAUUUGGGGAAUUUCUUCUGGCCACCACAAUCUUGUGUUCUUGGAGCGAUGGUGGAAUUGGAAGCUUGGAGGAGCUUGGCCGGAGCUUUCUCUGGAUUCCGUGAGAGAUAAGGUACCUACAUUGGGUUUUUUGGUCGAGUUUCUCCCCCGGAUCAAAGACGAUCACGCGGACAUGGAGGGACUUUUCUCGUUUCCAGAUCUGUGUGGGAGCUCCAUUGAUUCGCCUUUGAAUCUUUCCACGCGGCUCGUUAAGUUGACUGUGCCAUCCACAGGUCUUGGGCUUCAUUGCAUAUAGUACUGUUCUACUGGAUAGCCAUGGGAUCAGAAGAACAGGAGGGAAUUCCCAUGAAAGAAAAUGGUCACGCUCAAGUUUCGCAAGAACACCAAGUAGUUCCAGUGUCCACUCCGGAAGAAAUUGUCGAGCAAAGCAUCCAAGUCCAAGCGGUAGAAAACCAAACAGCGCCAUCCUCUUCGUCUUCAUCCUCAUCGAUCUCCUCUUCGGUUCCAGCUGAAAGUUUCAGGAAGGUUUCCACCGAAGAGUCUACUGCUAUUAUUGAAUCUCUUAGAGCCAGGCUCUUGUCCGAGAGAAACUCUUCCAGAGCUGCGAAGCAACACGUCCAACAACUUACGAAAAAGGUGAAAGAGUUGGAACGAAGCCUGGAAGCCGAGAUCCAUCACCGAAAGAGAUGUGAGGACGUGAUCCAAGAGCUACUGCUCAAGCUGGACGAGGCCGGAGUGAAGCUGGCCCCGGAAAACUCCAACGCAGCCAGCGACGAUCCACAACUAGACGAUGACGACGAGGAGCAAGCAACCGCAUCCAAGAAAUCCAAGCCAAACUGGAUCGGCGUCGCCAAGCGACACUACUCGGACAUGGAAGGUGACACGAUCGAGCAAAGCAGCCCCUCGGAAUCGCCAGUCUCGGACUCUUCGCUCGUCCCAAGACGAGUGGGAAGAUCAUGUCGAACUCUCCGAAGGAAGGAAGCAUGGGAACUUGGAGUUGACGAACAAGUGAAAAACUCCUGGACGAAAGUUGGAGCCGACGUUGUCGAGCUUGCGAAGAUCCGGGAGGUGGCGGGGAGCGAGAGUGGAUGGCUGGCCCGUGUGAUGGAUCUGUUUGAGAGCAAAUCUUGGAGUGGAGAACAGCUCGAGAUCGACAAAGUUGAUCAGCAGCAGCAAGAGAUUUCCACUGCGUCUUCGGAAAGCGAUGGCAGCAGUAGCAGUAGCAGCAGCAGCAGCAGCGGCAGCGGCAGCAGCGUUGUUGGUAUGGAGGCCAGCGCCACGAACGUCAAGAACAGCGGGAUUUCUGGCGAGAACUUUAAUGCUCCUCACGAUCACGACCCGGGUGACGGUGGACUCCAGGCUGUUACCACCAACAACGCGGGAUCGAGCGGAGAAAUCAUUCAAACUUUUCCCGGAGUUCACGAAGAACAAGCUUGCAUGGGAGGAGAAGAAGCAGCGGUUUCUUGUAGCCAACAGGAGCCACCGGUUUCCACCGAAGAAACGCUCAAGGUUUCGGAGAGUUUAGAAUCUGGGGUGAGAUCACAGGGAAACGAGGCUAGAAAUCUUCAGACAGGAGAGCAGAGCUCUACGCAAUCUUCGUCUUCAAAUGGUUUCGGCGCUCCUAGUAACACCAGCGUGGAAGACAUUCUAAGAGCUUUAAGGAUUGCCAAGAACCAAGUUUUAGCGGUAGCAGGGAAGCAUGGAGGCGUUGUUCAAAGUGGUGGUGGCGCAGAGUUUCCGAGGAGCAUUGCUUCUUACAAUGUGGAGUGGCAGCCGAGAGGUGAGAAUGGGGGCAAUGGGUUUGUGGUAACCAGACCUCUAGCUCGGUUUGUUCAUGCUGCUGCUCCCCAGGUCUACCAUCAGCAGCACCACCACAUGAAUUUCGAAGCUCAUAAUGUCUUGUCAAAUAGGUGAGGCUCGCCACCAGGAACGUGUUUUAGAAGUAGAACUCAUCUCAAUGGAUAAUUGAAAGAUUGUACUUGGGUUUAAAGUUUAGGGUUUAAGAAUAUAGUUUAACUAAGAGUGUAUUUUGGCUCUUCAACAA